AUGAGGCUGAUUGCCACUGGGCAAAAGCUAACUGCUAUCUGCUUGUUUGGCUUUAUAAAACUUGUAAGUCAGAUAUAUGAGAAUGAUAUCUGUUGUUCAGGAGCAAGAGGAUUACUCCUUUGCUUCCCACAAUGUGCAAGUCUCAGGAAAUGUAGUGUGCCAGGACAGUGUGCCCUUUCAAGCCUUGUCCAAAGAAGAGUACAUCUUCCUCUGUGCAACUUUUCAUGCCAUGGAAGAUGCCUUCUGGAAAGCUCAACAAGUAGUUAGCAGUUGGGAUCUGUGCAAGAGGAAAACAAUCUGCUUGACCCUGUGACUAAAGGACAGUACAGCAGUGUUCAGUGCUGUCAUGAAGCCAAUAUUGGUGCCAAAGGACCAGCAUGUCUUGGACAAACCAUGCACAGAUGGAAUAGAACCAUGAGGUCUAGAAAUAUGCAAAUGUUCUUGAUUCUGGCAGUUUUGUCCUUCCUUCUGAUCCACUUCCAAUUCCCACGCUGCAGCAGCAAUACCCCCAUGAAAAGAAAACCUUCUCCAGUUCACAUUCUCAUUCUCUCCUCCUGGCGCUCAGGAUCAUCCUUCACUGGACAAAUCUUCAGCCAGCACCCCAGCGUCUUCUACCUGAUGGAGCCUGCAUGGCACGUGUGGGUUAAGAUGCACAAGAACAGUGCCAGUGUCUUACACAUGGCAGUGAGGGACCUAGUCAGGUCGGUCUUUCUGUGUGACAUGUCUGUGUUUGAUGCUUACAUGUCUAGUGAGAAGAAAAAGUCUGAUUUAUUUCAGUGGGAGACAAGCCGAGCCUUGUGCUCCCCCCCUGCCUGUGACACAUUCAGUCGCAGUGACAUAAUCCCUGCAGGCAACUGCAAAAUCAUCUGUAGCAAGUACCCAUUCAGCAAGGUGGAGGAAGCUUGUAAAACCUACAGCCAUAUCGUCAUCAAGGAGGUUCGAUUCUUCGACCUGAAAGUUCUCUAUCCCCUUCUCACUGAUCCAUCCCUAAACCUCAAAAUCAUUCACUUGGUCCGCGAUCCUCGGGCUGUGUUCCGGUCCCGAGAGAACGCGAAGGUAGACCUGGCACAUGACAGUAACAUUGUUGCGGGGACGUGGGGGGCGAAGGGAGAAAUGGGACUUUAUAAGGCAAUGGAAGUAAUCUGCAAAAGCCAAGCUGAGAUUUACAAGGCUGGCAGGCAGGCCAUUCACAGCUUCCUGAAAGACCGCUACUUGCUGGUUCGCUAUGAAGACAUUGUCAGAGACCCUCUAGCAAGGGCUGCUCAGAUGUACAGGUUUGCAGAACUCCGUUUCACACCAGAACUUCAGAAGUGGUUGCACAACAUCACCCAUGGGAAGGGGCAAGGCACACAGGCCUUUGAAAUUGGGUCCAGAGAUGCCCUGGGUGUAUCCCAGGCCUGGAGGAAGACCCUUCCCUUCCAGAAGAUAGAAAAAGUACAAAAUGUGUGCAAGGAUAUGAUGGACUUACUGGGUUACCGCCUUGUUCAGUCAGAAGAAGAGCAAAAAAAUAUGUCACUGGGUCUUUUGUUUGACCAGGACUCCACAGAGUAA